UAGGUUACAAGUCUUGUUGCCAAGUAUCGAUAUCAACCAAAAACAUCCUUCCGUUACAAUCGAUAUUGCAAAUAUCGAUAUUUUUAAUGUAUCGAUAUCGAACAAUAAUAAAAAUUUAAUAAAUUAUAGGUUAGAAUUUCCUGCUCCAUUCAUAAAUCACUAAUAUACUAAUUUUUUACAUGCUCAUCUCCCAUGCCAUGAAACCGUAUAAUAUACAUAAAUUUAACAUGUUACCAAAAAUAUAAAGAAACACCAGUUUUCUGCACUCAUGGUUCCAAAAGUUCUUUAUAAAAACACGUUCUUCAAUUUGAUUUAUGCAAAAUCCACUUUGAUACCUCCUUGAUUACUGCAUCAUUCAUGAAGCAGGAAUGGAGAUCCAACAAGAUUGCAUGGAGAUUCCCCAGGAAUCCAUGGAAAACACAAACGAAGAACAGGAGAAACACAAUUUCACCAAGGUCUUCAAAACCUUUCAAUGCUAUCGGGAGUAUUGGCUUAAAGUGAUGAACAAAAAGGAGGUGUUUGCAGCUGAAAAUAUGCCACAAGGGCGAAAAGGCCAAUAUUUUGCCCACCUACAAGAAUUGAAAAAACGUGUUGAGUCCAAUCAGCAAUUCUUCUGGCAUGUGCUUCGCGAAUUUCCUUUUGAUGAAGCUGGUUUCACUGAUUAUUUGCACCGUAACUUGAACAAAACUCUACCAUAUUCGCAAGAUCCAAUAAAAGCUGUCUUCAAACAAUUGGUGAGAGAGUGGUCAAAGGAGGGUGAAGCAGAGAGAUCGACCUCUUUCACUCCAAUAAUAGACGAGGUCAAGGCCCAAUUCAAACACAGGAAGAAAGUGGAUAUUCUUGUCCCCGGUGCAGGGCUGGGUAGAUUGCCGUACGAGUUGGCCCAUGCCGGGUACACAGCAGAGGGAAAUGAAUUCUCCCUCUUCUUCUCGUUUGCUUCAAACUUAAUCAUGAAUGGUUGUACUAAAUGCUGCGAAUACGAGAUCUUUCCAUACAUUCACUCGUUCGACAACGUGGUGAAGAACGAGGACCAAGUGACUCCUGUCAGUUUACCCGACAUUCUGCCCAAGAUACCGAGCAGUGGCUUGUCAAUGACGUGUGGCGAUUUCGUUGAGGUAUACUCGAAGUUGAGCGAGCAGUUCGAUUGUGUGGCUACUUGCUUCUUCAUAGACUGCGUGCCGAAUACACUGCAGGCUAUCAAGGUCAUCUACCAAAACCUUAAACCAGGAGGUUUAUGGGUGAACAAUGGUCCUUUAAAAUACCAUUUCGACGAGACAGAAUCAAAUUCCUCGAUCCAGCUCUCCAGAGAAGACUUGAGAGAAGUAAUUGUUGAUACAGGAUUCAUUUUCAAGACAGAAAAAGAAAUCACAGCCACCUAUGCGGAGAAUGCGAGAAGUAUGGCAAAAAGUCACUAUCAAAAUUGGUUUUUCUCAUGCCAAAAACCGAGCUAAUGAAGAGCCUUCAUUUGAAUUUAUAGGAAAGAACAGACUCACCUAAGCCUUUACUGAGUUAAUCCAGUCAAAGAAUUCUUCUAGUACAUAGUCCAGGUCAGAAGCUAUUCGGUCCUCAUCAUAAUUACUUAAUUAAAAGUAUAAGCUACCGUUUUCCGCACUUUUACAAAGUUUUUUCAAACUAUUGUUAUAGUUUUUCAAACUAGGUACUGUUGUAGCGUUGACGAUUAUGUAGACAUCCAUAUUAUAACAACUAUAUUAUCUAUAUUAAACAACUGGAAUUGAAAGAAUAAGACGUGAUAUUGUCAAUUUUAUUUAUUCGAAAAUUAAUUCAUAAUACAGAACCAGGUAUCAUGGUAAUACCUACCACAUCUUCAGCUGAACUAAUAUGUUUGUUGUUGUUGAAGAAACAGGAAAUUCAAUUUUAGGUUGUGUUGGGGUUGUAAAAGGGAAGGUGAAUAAAAAUUGUUAGUGGGAAUAGAUGGAUUAAUGAUGGAAUUAAACUAUGCUAAUAUUUGUAGAAUAGAAUGGAAAAUUAGAAUUGAAAUAAGUAUAGUUUAAUUCCAUAAUUAAUCCAUCUAUUCCCACUAACAAUUUUUAUUGUCCUUCCCUUUUACAACCCCAACACAUAACCUAAAAUUGAAUUUCCUGUUCCUUCAACAACAACAAACAUAUUAGUUCAGCUGAAGAUGUGGUAGGUAUUACCAUGAAACCUUGACCUGUAUUAUGAAUUAAUUUUCGAAUAAAUAAAAGUGGUAUUGACAAUAUCAACGUCUUAUUCUUUCAUUUAUGGAGAAAUACCACAACAUCUCAUAUCAUACAAUCAAAUUAUUAACAACUGGAAUUGUCAAUUUUUCAAUUAUAAAUUAGGAUUUUAGAACUAGUUUUGAAUUGUAUAAUAACUGAGUGGCUGUGACGAUUUGAAACAGUUUUAUUUAAUAAUGAAAAUGAAAUUUAAAAAAUCUUUAUUAGGCGGAGUUGGGACUUUUCAGUCCUCUCUACCACUCAACCUCAAAUAUUUUCAACAUUUUCAAUCUCUUAUAAUUAAAGUGUUCACGUUUGAAUUUAAAUUCAAGUUUUAUAAUGUUUUUAAACAAAAACGAGAAGAAUAGACUCAUUAAUGGCUAUAUAUUAACCAAAGUUGCCUUCCGUGAAAGCAAUAAUUUAUUACAAUAUUGUGAUGUGAUUUUAUAAUAAUAAAAUAAAAUUAGAUGUUUUAUUCUUUGAUGAGUUAUUCCAUGUUAAUAUUAUGACUAGAAAAAAUAUUGUAUUUUGGUAUUGACAUUAUUUCAUGUGUUUAAUUCAUGAUUUAUUUCAAUCCGUACAGCGUAGAGUCAUUAAAUCAAUAUUGUUGAACAAUGCUAUUCAAUCAAUAUCGUUAAACAAUGUUAUUCAAGCAAUAUCAUUAAACAAUGUUAUUCAAUCAAUAUAGUUGAACAAAGCUUAUUCAAUCAAUAUCAUUAAACAAUGUUA